GCAAAAUCGCGGUGCUCGUUUAACGCGAAAAAUGUCUCUGGUUUCGUACGAUUACAGCAGCGGUGAGGAGUCUGAGGAGGAGAAGGAAACGGAAGCAGAAUCAUCGCCGAUUCCUAGCAGCAGCAUCAAAACUACAUCCCCGCCACCGGAAGCAUCAGCAGAUUCGGAUCUCCCAGCAGCCGCCGUGAACCCACUUCUACCACUUCCGGCGCCAAAACAAGCCACCAACGAGCUAGACGAGGUGGAGGAAGAUGACGAGUUCCUGCACAAAAAAGCCAUUCCAGCGGAUGUACCGCUGCCCACACCUCCGCCACCUCCACCGAAAGAACUGGCCGCAGUAAAAGCCAAGCUGCGCAACGGUAAGGUACAGAUUACCAUCCCAUCCAUGAAGGACUUUGAAAACGACGACGGGGGCAGUGCGGCGAAGAAGAGCAAGGUUACGAUAGGUGCUGCCUUACCCAAAGCAGCGACCAGUUUGCUGAGUUUGUUGCCCAAACCGAGGACGGUGCUGUUCGCCCCGUCCUCAUCGAAACCGGCAACCGCAGCACCCUCAUCGACGGCCGAUGCUGCAGGUCCAUCGUUCUUGAAGCGGCUCGUACCGGACUCCGUCGCUAAUCGACCCCGCAGCAUUCCGGCUAGCGUGGCGAAACAGAGCACCAACGGACCAGCCGGAGACAAACCACCGGCGUCCGGGUCUCAAAAACCAGUGAAAGCUGAAUCUAGCGAGGACGAGGACGAUGGUGAUAACGAUUUCUUUUCGUUCAACAAAGUCGACGCCCUACCGUCGGUCAGUGCGAACGAGAUCACGGCAAUGGUGGCCAAAAAGGCGGCCAAGAUUGCGGAAACAGUACGCAAGUAUACGGAACCGGAACCAAGCCACGAGGAGGAUACUACAGCACGACAAUCCACAAUGGACCAGCAGCUACCAGCGGCAGCAACGGAUGCACAGGAUCUGGCCAAUGAAAAUGCACUCGCUGCACUGAUUGGUGGAAAUCGAGCGAAACGUGGACGGGUGGAGGAGGUCGAUUUGAUUGAGAUCACCUCCGCCGACAUUGUCCCAUCGAAGGAGGACUUCCUGCGACGUCAGCUACAGGAUGAGACGGGUUACGUGCCGACGGGCCAUCUCGUGGGCGAUUGGAAGUGUACCAGCAAGAAGAAAUCGCACAUCACACAGCUGGCCAGCAAGGCACAGGCGAACGCUCAGGAGCUGGAAGCGAUGUGGGCCGCCAACCGGCAAUCCCGACGCCAAACGCAGAGUAAAUACGGGUUUUAACGGGACGGCCCAGCGAGAUCUGUCGGUUUUCUAAUAAUAAAGCAGCCAAUUUC